AUGAAGACCCUGACUGCCCUCGGCGGCUGCGUGGGCUUCAUCCGCGACGCGUCGCUGCGGGGCAGGGUGGAGCAGGCGCAGGAGGCACUUCCCACCAGAUCGGCCCUCCAGUUUUUCACCACGGUGCUGAAGGGCUGCGUCAUCAAGCUGCUCGGGCACCCUUGUGCUUGGGGCCUCGUUGCUGCCUUGUGCUCCGUGCGGUCGGCGGACUUCGACGCGCUGGUCAUCGGCAGCGUGCGCGGCUUCCCGCACGCCGCCAGCAUCAGGCAGCGCCCCUGCCGUGCGCUGCUGCGGCUCCUGCGCCGGCGCAUCGGCAAUCAGCACCUGGCCUGCGUGGAGGGCGGCGGUACUUCUGCGGCCGCAUCCACGGUGGCGCGCCGCUGCCGGACGGGCGCGCUCACGGCGAGCCGCCUGGUGGAGGGCGGCGCCACGGUGCUGACGCACGGUGCAGGGGUCAACUCCUGGUGGCUGCUGCCAGUGCUGGUCGAGGAUCCCGAGAGCGUGGUGAGGGGCCUGUGGGCGCGCGGCUUCGACGCAACCUGCACCUCGACGCAGCUGAAGCGGGUGCCAAAGAGCAUCGGCUCUGGCUGCAGCGACAUCAUGGACCGCAUCGUCUACCUGCCUCUGACCCCGGAGCUGCCGCGCGAGGCCGCGAAGUCUCUGGCGGACGCGGUCCUCCACCUCCGGCAGGCGCAGCCGUCCGAGCAGGGCAGGGCGGUGGCGAGCGGAGCGCCAGCGGCGGGAGUCUGGGCGGCGCUCCUCUCCGUGGUCCUGGCGCUGAGGCCCGCGCUGCUCCAGUGGCCGCUGUGGCCCGCCGGCGCCCUGGUCGUGAGGGCGGCAGCCGUGAGCCUGGUGGCUCUGGUGGCGGCAGUGUGGCUCGCCCGCAGGCUUGCGGCCGAGCCGGGGCUGCAGAUGGCCGGCGCGGUGUUGCCGGCCUUGGCGCCCAGGCGGCGGUCGGAGGGCGCCGCUUGGUGGCGAGGCAGACUUGCCAUCGAGCAGAGAAUCGACGGCGCAGUGCUCCUCACGGGGGCCACUGGCUUCGUUGGUGGAGGCAUCCUCUUCGGGCUGCUGGCGCAGGCCGAGGAGCUCGGCGUCACUCGGAUCGUGCUCCUGCUUCGCCGGAAGGACGGGCAAACGGUUGCGGGCCGCCUGGCGCAGCUGCGCGCCAACGUCGCGUUCCAGGAGGUGCAGGAGCAGUUCGACAGGCUCGUGACGGUCAUCGAGGGCGACACGUCGCAGAAGAACUUCGGGCAGUCGGACGCGGCGGGGCCCUGGGUCCAGCGCGAGCCACUCCGCGUCGUGCUGCACUGCGCCGCUGACGUGCGCUUCGACCAGCCGCUGCAGCAGGCGGCGCUGUCGUUGAUCUCUGCCUCGCUUCAGGUAGCCCUGCUCGCGAAGCGCUGGGGCGCCUCGCGCUUCUUGUUCGUGUCGACGGCGUUCGUGCACGCAGUGCCGGCAGCCACGAGCGCGCUGCAGGAGCGGCUGGUGGAGCUCCGCGACUUCGACCCGAUGGAGCUGUACCGGGACGCGGUGUCGCAUGGCAAGUGGGCCGGGAAGGCAAUGCGCGAUUUAGGCUUCCCUAACACCUACACUUUUGCCAAGGCGGUCGCGGAGCACCUCAUCCUGCAGGCCUGCGGUACCGAGGGGAUGCAGGCUCACAUCGUGCGCCCGUCCAUCGUCACCCCCGCGUGGGCCUCGCCAUACGCUGGCUGGUCGGGGGACAAGCCCUCCACCAUCGUGGCGGCCCAACUGCUUCUACUGAAGCGCUGCCUGCGCAUUUUCAGGUGCUCGGCCCACCCGUGCCCUCUGGUGCCAGUGGAUGUCGUCGCCUGUGCCGCAAUCCAGGCUUUGGUUGCCUCCGCGCCAGCCGCGGGCGGCGUUGCCACCAUCGCGAACGCCACCGUGGACGCAUCCGAGGCCGCAAAGCUGCCUUCUUUUCAGCUCCUCGUCGACCGCUUCUACCAGUUAUUGGCGCUGCGAGGUGACGUGUCCCUCCCAGAAGCAGGCCUCAUCUUCCGCCUUAACCGGUGGGCAGAAAACGCGACUGUGUUCUGGCUGCUCGACAGAGUCAUGAACGUGUUCCCGAACAUGGUGAUGGCGUUUGGUGCCCAGGCCACCCUCUUCGCAGCGCAGACGGUCGGCCUGGACUCCAAGGCACUUCAGAAGCAGUGUAAAGCAAUGCAGAUCAUCGGUCGCUACAGCACCCUGCCUGCGCAGUACGAGCCUUUCAGUGCCCCUUCGUCUGGAUGGCUCUUCCGCUCGAAGGUUCGGCUUCCAGAGGAUUGGGACCCUGUGGAGUACAAUGUCCUCAUCCAGCGUGCCGCGAUCUUGUUCGCGCAGUCGGGCGGCAAGUCGGCGCCCCCCCCGCGCUCCUCGACCGACGGGUUCCAGGACAUCUGCGUCGUGUCGUCCAGACCCUGGUGGUGCGACGCACUGGCCGCUUUCACCAUGCCAGGGUCGCCGCUCCUCCUGUCCUGUGCCGACUUCAUGAUCCGGCAGGUCUUGAAGUGGAUGGACUUCACGGUCAAGGUGGACGCCGCCUCCUUGGUGUCCGCCACGGAGCUGUCGCAGCCGCUCGUUCUGUGCCCGACGCAUCGCUCUGUCCUGGACUUCGUGAUCAUCGGCACCGCCUGCUUCCGCUUGUGCCCGCUGCUGCCCCGGCUGCAGGUGCCCCACGUGGCCGCGGACGCGGAGUUCGCGGGCCUGCCCCUCCUGGGCGGCGUGCUCGCGUCGCUGGGCGCCUUCUAUGUGCGCCGCGGCGGCGGCGCGGUGCAGCCGGAUCCGGCGCUGCGGGCGGAGGUGAGCCGCGUCUUCCAGAAGGGCCGGCCCUUGGAGGUGUUCUUGGAGGGCCUCCGCAGCAGGGGGCGGCGGCAGCUGCGGCUGCGGUCGGGCCUGCUCCGGGCGUUGCGAGACGUGUCCCAGCGCACCGUAGCGCUGGUGCCGAUCGCGCUCAGCUACGAGCUGCUGCCGGAGGACACCUCCUUCUUCGACGAGCUGAGAGGCUGCCCGCGGCCUCCGCUCAGCACCUCUGCCCUCGUCGGCUGGGUGUUCCGCGGCAUGCGCGGGGAGCUGCCGUCGUUCGGGGAGGCUCGCGUGCGCCUGGGCGCCGCCCACGUGCUGGACGCCGCGGCCGAGCUGCCCGUGCUGCUGGCCGAGGUGCAGGAGCAGCUGGUGAACCUCACCUCGAUCACGGCCCUGCACGCGAGGGCCCUGGCGGAGCUCCUGGAGCUGCACCCCGCGGCCGUGUGCGCCGCUCUUCGCAGCGGGGGCGUGCCGGUGCACGAGUCACGCCUGCCGGCUGCUGCGCCGCUCACCGAGGCAGAGCGGUGGCCCCUGGUGCUGCAGACGGCGACGCUCCUCAGGGCGAGGCUGCCGCAGCAGUGGGCCCGCUGGCUGGUGGAGCCCGUGCUGGAGAGGGGCAGCCCCGACUGCUGCGAGCCGCCGCCCAGCGCCCGCUGCAGCACCGUCGCGCCAGCGACCACGCCACCGCCCCGCGGCGACGCGAGGAGGCCCAGCACAGCUGCGUGCGGUGCACAGCCGUCGGCUGCGGCACCCGAGGCCGCUGCCGAGCGUGGCGCUCCUGCCGUCCCCUCGGCCUCGGAGGCCUUCAAGGUCGCGGCAGGUGGCUCCCCGCAGUUGGACAUGGACGUCAUCGUAGCUGCCCUCGCCUUGAGGCUGGAGGCCGCAGAGGACGCGGCCCACAACGUCGCACGUGCACUGCAGGAGAGCGGCGUCGACAGGGUCACAGAGGAACACCUGCUGCAGCAGCUGCUGCAGACGCACGGCGAGCGGCAAGCGCUGCCGCCGCCGCUGGCCCGCGGGGCGGCGUGCAUCGUGGCUGGGCGGCUCAGUCCUGGCAUGGUGGCUGGCUACAGCGCGUCCCGGGAGAAGCCCUCGGCCCCCAGGCGGAUCGCGCCCCUGUGGCCCACAGCACCCCUGCACAAGGAGCACCGCUGCGACGACGAGGCGCUGGACAGGUGGGGCUUCAAGGACACCAGGUUCUCGGCGCAGUGGGUGGACGGGCGGCCCGCGAUGCAGGUGACGUCCACCAGGUACGGCUCUCUGGGAGGGCAGCCCAUGCACCAGCUGUGGGCGCUGUUCCAGACGGAGCUCGGGGUGUCCAUGAGUGUCCGCGGCACGCUGCCAGAGGAGGCGCUCCCCGCCCUGCCGCCGCCCUCGGCGGGCCUCGUCGGGCGGCUGGCGGCGGUGCUGGCGGAGGACCGCAUCUGCACAGAUGCCGAGGCGAGGCUGCGCGCUUGCACCGGCCACGGGCUGGCAGACAUCUGGCGCCUGCGGACGCGCUCUCUGCCGCGGGCGCCCGACGCGGUGGUGCGGCCCGCCGCCGAGGAGGAGGUCGCGAGCCUACUGGAGGCCGCCCAGGGCGACCACGGCUUUGCGGUCAUCCCCGUAGGUGGUCGUACCAACGUGACGUCGGCACUGACGCUCCCGGCACGGGAGGUGGACCCGAGGCCGCAGGUCGCCUUGGACAUGCGCGGGCUGAACCGUGUGCUCUGGGUUAACGCGGAGGACGGCGUCGCUCACGUGGAGGCCGGCAUCACGGGGAGCGCUCUGAAGGAGGCCCUUCGCGCGCACGGCGUGAACAUGGGCAUGGAGCCAGACUCGAUGGAGUUCUCCACCCUUGGCGGCUGGAUCGCAACCCGUGCGAGCGGCAUGAAGCGUGCCCGCUACGGUAACAUCGAGGACAUGAUCCUCGAGGUCAGCGUGGCGACACCCAGCGGCGUGCUCUGGCAGCACCAGGGCAUCGCCGGUCGCGCCACAGCGCGCUCGGCCUACGGCCGUGCCUCGACGAACGUCGGACUGCCCGGCAUGGUCCUGGGCAGCGAGGGCUGCCUGGGUGUGGUGACCUCGGCUGUCGUGAGGGUGAGGCCCAUGCCAGAGAUCGUGGAGUACCAGAGCGUUGCCUUCUGCGACUGGGAGCAGGGUACCCAGUGGAUGAGGGAGGUGGCGCGCCUGCCGGCCGCGCUGCGGCCCGCCUCGUGCCGGCUCAUGGACAACAAGCAGCUCCAGCUCUCGCAGGCCAUCCGCGAAGACGGGUCGAGGGGCCAGCUCGCAUCGGCAGUGAAGCGCGCCAUCCUCAGGCUGAAGGGGAUCCGCCCGGAGGAGGCGGCCGCCGCCACGCUGGUCUUCGAGGGCAGCCAGCUGGAGGUGGUCGCCCAGAAGUCCGCCCUGUCGCCGCUGGUGCGCAGAGCAGGAGGCGUCUGGGGUGGCUCCAGCUCUGGCGAGGCGGGCUACGCUCUCACCUUCGCGAUCGCGUAUUUGAGGGACUUUGCGCUGGACCACAGGAUACUCUCCGAGUCGCUGGAGACCAUGGCCCCGUGGUCGGUGGUGGACAGCGUGUGGCCUGCGGUCGUCGCGGCGGUCAGGGCGGAGCACGCUGCCAUGUGGCUGCCAGGCCAGCCGUACCUGACGUGCCGCAUGACCCAGCUGUACGACGAGGGCGCCGUGCUGUACAUGUACCUGGCCGUCAGCACCAUCGGCCUUGCGCCAGAGAAGGCGCUGGAGGCCUUCGAGCGCCUGGAGCGCGCGGCGCGCCGCGCCGUGCUGGACGCGGGCGGCUGCCUGAGCCACCACCACGGCGUCGGCAAGCUCCGUGCGGGGCUCCUGCCCCGGACGCAGGCCCCGGCGUGGUCGGCCGCGCUCCGCGGGCUGAAGGCCGCCGUGGACCCCGCCAACGUGCUGGGGGCCCGGAACGGCGUCUGGGCGGAGGCCGCGCGCGGGGAGGAGCGCUGCGGCGCGCCGCUGUGA